GUCCUACUGUGAGAAGAACCCGCUCGCAGAUGCAUCCAGAUAUUCGUCCGUUUGUUUGCGCGGCUCUGUACAAAAAGACUAAAAGCUCGCGUUUAUCAAAUGCCGAGCUGCACGUCUUUUUCACGGACUCGGUACGAUUGUGUUUUUACUUCCGAGUACGGACAUCGGGAAUAUCCCUUUCCCUUUUCCCAAACCUCAUUAAUAAUUCAAAGCCUUUGGGCAUCGAACCUUGUUGUUCUUCUUAUCAAAACUUACAGUCAUAUGCAGACGAUUGCCCCUACCUUUGACUGGUUCAGAGAGUACUCGUCGACCUUUCGUCAAUUCUGUCGCUUACGAUCUCAUUUCCACAGCCUGAUCGGACGGGUCGAAUCACAAUAAUUUGCCGCCAACAUGUCGUUAGAGCCUGAAAAAGAAGUCCCUGUCAACAAUGAACCAGAGUCUCAACUUCGAGAAAAAACCGGUGCAGCAGACACAGACUCACCCACCGACAGGUCUGUAACAUCUGCAGAGCAAAAUGUUCAGGUUGAGCCUGCAAAGCCGGGAUACAAUCCAUGGGCCGACCCUUCUUCUUUCCCCGAUGGUGGCACCAAAGCCUGGCUCGCCGUCCUCGGAGGAUUUUGUUGCUUGUUUAAUUCCUGGGGAUGGAUCAACUGCAUAGGAGUCUUUCAAGAUUACUACAUGGAGGUCCCACUCCGGCAAUACUCGGCAAGCACCGUCGCCUGGAUUCCCUCGGUCGAGACAUUCUUCAUGCUUGCAUGUGGUCCUUUUGCUGGAUACAUCUUCGACAACUACGGACCAAGAUACCUACUCGUGGCCGGUACCUUCCUGCACGUCUUUGGCCUCAUGAUGACCUCGCUAUCGACGGAAUAUUACCAAUUCAUGCUCAGUCAGGGUGUUUGCUCGGCCAUUGGAGCUUGCUUCCUCUUCACCCCAGCCAUGGCCUGUAUUUCGACCUGGUUCUACAAGAAGCGUGGCAUGGCCAUCGGUAUCUGCGCGGCAGGCAGCUCUCUUGGUGGCGUCAUCUUCCCCAUCAUUGUCAGCCACAUGAUCAAUGAAACCGGAUUCGGCUGGGCCAUGCGAACAUGCGCCUUCCUCAUCUUGUUCAACUGCAUUAUCGCUAUCCUGACGCUUCGCUCCCGAAUCCCGCCAGCGGGCCGUAAGUUCGAGUUCAUGGCAUUUGUCCGCCCCAUGCAAGAGGUUCCCAUGCUUCUGACCACGGCCGCCGUAUUUUUCUUCUACUGGGGAAUGUUCCCCGUCAUGAGUUUCAUCACAGCUGUUGGCAACGGACGCGGCAUGUCCCUACAACUGGCUCAAUACCUGGUUUCGAUUCUCAACGCCGGCUCCAUCUUUGGCCGUACACUACCCGGUAUUCUAGGCGACAAGAUCGGACGGUUUAACGUGAUGAUUGCAUUCUGCGCCUUGACCUGUGUCUUUAUGCUCGCCAUCUGGAUACCAGCCAAGAGCAACGCUGGCCAAUUGGUCUUUGCACCGCUGUUUGGGUUCAGCUCGGGCGCAGCUAUCGGCUUGACUCCUGCGCUGAUUGCUCAGAUUUCGCCUAUCCGCGAGAUUGGUAUACGCACUGGUGCUGUCUUUGCUGCCGGCUCCAUCGGUGCAUUGACUGGCAGUCCCAUUGGAGGUGCCCUGAUCAGCCGCGACAAUGGAGGGUACCUGUAUAUGCAGGUCUUUGGUGGCUGUACCUGUAUUGUUGGUGUCCUAUUCUUUUUGGCUGCCCGUAUUAACAUUGCGGGUCUGGAACUCAAGAAAAAGGUGUAAAUCAUUCGAUAUGAUUCGAUCACGGAAUCGCAUUGGAAAUUUUGCUGUACAAUUAGCCACAUAAUAAUAGACUCCUCUUCGAGAUACC